AUGAAUGGUACUAGUAACCAUAGAGAUCAAACAACAAACAACCUUAUAGAUCAAGAAUGUAAUCUACCUCCAAGUACUGGUAUUUUGGGAAGUGAUGGAUUUGAAGAUGACCUUAGUAUAGAUGGUAGUUUAUUCAAUGGUAGCUACAAUUAUAUGAUGGAUACUUCUCAACCAUCAUCACCAAUGUCACCACCAAUCUAUUAUUAUCCUUCGGAUGCAUAUAGUCCUGAUCAAGAAAUUUAUUCUCCUCUCAGAUAUUCCCCUUUGGCAAAAGAAAAUGAAAAUAUUAAUAAUAAUGAAAAUAUAAAUUCAUCAGAAUCUGAAUCAUCAACAUCAUCAUCAUCAUCACCAUCAACAUCAUCAACAACAAGAGGUCAAUUUUCACAGCAAGCAAGAUGGUAUCCUUCACAAUCUGGAUAUCGUUAUUAUACAUCAUUUAUGCCACCAAAAAAUCCAACCGAAUUAUCUUCUUCACCUUCCUCUUCUCCUUCUUCAUUAGAUUCUGAUGAUAUUAAUAGUAGUGAUAGUGAAAAUAAUCAAAAAAAUACUUCUACUACUACUACUACUACAAAGAAGAAAAAAUUAACAGAUCAAGAAUAUUAUGAAAAAUGUAAAGCAAACAUACCACAAUAUCUUGGUCCUUAUACAAAAGAACAUGAAACAAACAAUGACCCAACUUUAAUAUAUGAUGGUACAAGAUUAACUGAAAAUCAAGUAGACGAUUAUUUAGAAUCAUCAAGAGAAAUAUUUUCAAAACAUCUUCAAGACAUUAAAGAAAUGGGUAUAAAGUUAAAUUUGGACAUUGAUCGGACAACUGAUGAUCAACUAUUAAAUAUUCUUCACGAAUACGACUAUUCACCAGUGUUGGCUUUAGAUUCUAUAGACUAUUCAACACUUCAAUCUAUUUUACCAUGUUUAUCAGAUUAUAUUGAAUCUGCAUGGAGUAUAAAAGAAAAAGAUCAAUUUUAUAAAGCAUACAAUUCACUUGGGAAAGGGGGAUUAUCUAUUAUUCAUACUAUUAUUGGGACAAAAACAAGAAUGCAAGUUUUGGAAUAUUUUUAUUAUUGGAAAACUACUUCUCAAUAUGCAAGAUUAAAGAGAAGAGUAAAAAAUCAAAGUAUUCAAAAUAUUACAAAACCUCAAAUUUCAAAGGAAAAAGAAAAAGAAAGGGAAAAGGAAAAAGAAAAGGCAAAGGAAAGGGAAAAACAAAAAGAAACUAAUCAACCAAUUCCAAUUCAAACUGAACAAAUCCAUGAAGAUAAAGAGAAACAACAUCAACAUCAACAACAUCAACAACAACAACAAGAUCAUGAUAUAAAAAUAAUAAUAGAACAAGAUGAAGAAGAGGAAGAAAUAGAAGAUGAAGAAGAAGAGGAAAUUGAAGAAGAAAUUAAAGAAGAAAUUAAAGAAGAAAUUAAAGAAAAAAUUAAAGAGGAAAUUAAAAAGCCUGGAUCAGAAAAAAUUCUUCCAAUCAUUGAAAUUAAAGAAAUCAUGGAACCAAGAAUAAUAAUACAAAUUGAUGAUCAAGAAAAUAAUAAUAAUAUAUCCAAUUCAAAAAGGAAAAGAAACAAAGAAGAAGAAGAAAAACCAGAGGAUUAUUCUUUUUAUUUUGAUAAUUGUAAGAUAAUAAUUCAAGAUUUUGAUGAAAAUGAUAUAAUUAGAGAAUGUAUUUUAAUGGAAAAGAAUUUAAAGAAAUUAAAAGAAAAUGGAUCUAGAGCUUUAAUCAAAAAAUAA